ACGACUGACAAUUAAUAAUAAUUACAAUUUGACAUUACAUUAAGAUUAUUGUAUAUGUCUCCGUCUUUUGCUAUUGUACUCUUUGGUAUAAGUUAAAAUAGUUAUACCUUUCAGUAAUAAAUGGCUUUUUAAUAAAUACCAAUACAAUAGGCAAGUGAAUAUUAUUUGUUACUAUAAGCAUAGUCGCUAAUUAUGGAAAAUAACACUGAUCAUUCCGAUCCUAAUAAUUUCAGUCCGUUAACUGUACAAGAAGUAGACGUAGACUUUUUACCGAUUGUUUACGAAAUUAUACGAAGUGUUGAAAGGGACUUCCAUGAUAACUCGGCCAAAGCAAGAGAAUCUCAAGAUUGUAGCUUGAAGGUGUUAGAGUUACAGAAGAAAUUCGACAUCGCUCGUUCUCAGAUAAGGCGUCUACCAGGAAUUGAAUACAACAAACACGACCAGUUGAAACAAUUUGAGAUCCUCAGGACACAGUUGAGGCUGAAAAGAGAACUCUUGCAAAAGUACCGUAACAUGUGUUCAUUCGAAACGUCGUUUAAGUGAUUUAAGAUGCCUCUGCGGACGAUACUUAGAUAUUUAGCCAAUAAUGAACAUCUUGUUCAAAAAAUCGCAGACUCUUAUCCAGUAAG